CUAAUUUCAUGACCAAUUAGAAACGGUCCUUCUAGAGAACUGUCGUGGAGUGUACUAAAUGUGCUGAUCGACCGAGACCGCAGUAUUUCUUGGACUGCAUGGCAACACGUGAAAAACGAUUUCUAUGCCAACAAAUUAAAUACACCAUUUGAAGAGCCGCAAACAAUCAAAUGGGAUCAGAGUAUAAACCGACGGUGCCUCGCGGACCAAUUGCCGCCAUGUUUCCGAGUCCGGGACCGAAAUAUCCCCUCCCGACCCUACUCGGAGUUGACAAACACGACUUCCAAAGUGUCCACACGAAAGCUCCGUGUUAUAGUUUUUCUGGGAAAUAUUCAAAAACGACUCAGUCGUGCAGUCCGGGACCGUGUUAUUACCCCGAUCCUUCCAUAUUAAGGACGGGCAAGGAUGGAAUUCCUAAAUUCUCGCUUUCUUCUCGAUCAAAGGAAUGGGCAUCCGACAAAACCCCGGGACCCGGUCUCUAUGCUCCGGAAAAGAAUAGUAAAACAUAUCGUUCCUCCCCCGCCUACUCCUUUGGACUGAAGCGAUCUGACAAGAACAGUGACAUAACUCCCGGUACCCCAGAAGUGGUGACCCCGCAGACUCCGGGGCCAGGAGCGUACAACACGAUAAGUCCAAAUAUGUACAAAAACAAGGCUCCAAUCUACAGCAUGACGAGUCGAAAUAUCCUGCCUUCGGACACAACUCAGAAGCCCAGUCCGGCGACGUACUACCAGGAAGAGGUCUUUUAUAUAUUCCACCAUUCAGCUUAA